AUGCUGAGAUGCGGAAGCUCCGCCGUUAGGCCGUCGUUUGGCCGAGGGAGGCCGAUACAGCGGAAAAUAGUCGUUUGCGGGGAUGGUGCUUGUGGCAAAACAUCACUCCUCAACGUGUUCACCCGGGGCUGGUUCUCCGCCGUUUACGAACCUACAGUAUUUGAAAACUAUGUGCAUGACCUCUACGUAGACGAUCAGCUGGUGGAGCUGAGUCUCUGGGACACAGCCGGCCAGGAAGAGUUCGAUCGCCUAAGGUCGCUGAGCUAUGCGGAAACGCAUGUCGUGAUGUGUUGCUUCUCCGUCGACAACCCGACGUCGCUGGAGAAUGUGGAGGCUAAGUGGAUAGACGAGAUCCUGGAGUACUGUCCUGGGGUUAAGCUCGUCCUAGUUGCGUUGAAGUGUGACCUACGAGACGACCACGCAACUCAAGACCGUCUCGCCCGCUACGGCCUGCACACGGUACAAUACGAAGAAGGGCUCGCCGUCGCACGACGAAUACGAGCGUCGCGCUAUCUCGAAUGCAGCGCGAAGCACAACCGUGGCGUCAGCGAGGUAUUCUACGAAUCCGCGCGGGCGUCGCUGAGUACGCGUGCGAAGGGGUCGGGGAGCUACGGCGGGCGCGGGUGCGUCGUCGUGUGA